AUGGAAAAUACUCAAUAUUAUAAUAGGCUUCUUGAACUAAAUUUAUUAGCAGAAAGCGUGUUUUGCCAAAAUCAAAAAUUAUUACUUAUUGAUAAUAAUUUAAAUGGUAUUAGAGAAACAAAAGGAGGAUAUAGAAGAAAUGAAAUUGUUAAAAAUAGUGGACACCUUAGCAUAUAUAAUAAUUUAUUUUUAUUAUUAAACAAAAGUCAAAUAAAUGAACAUUUAGAUAAUGUAGAAAAAACUCUUAUGGAAAAAAGAGAUAAAAUAAGAGAUAAAAGAAAGUCACUUAUUAAAGAACUUAUCAAAUUAAAUCCAAGUGUAACCGAAAUGCCACUUGAAGAAGCUAAAUUCUUACUCAAAGGAUGA